AUGGGCGAGUCUGGGACUGCAGCAUCCGCCGAGGCGGACGGGUCAGAGGCUUCUAAGAAAGAUCUACCUCCCGUGGUAGAAAUAGAUCCUUCUGGCGAUAUCGUCUUGGAUGUAACCUUUGAGACUUCUGCCAGCACUCUCAAUAAAACCCGCAAAGCCGAACUUGCUGCCAGCAGGAAAGCUGGUACUCAGCCCCCUGACCGCUCAACUCUCAAGUCAAAGGUCAGGGUGGGAUACCGAGUUAAUCUGGCGGCUCUAAAGAAGCACUCAAAGUACUUCUCAAAUCUUCUUUCUAAUUCUCAAUUCAGAGAAGCCAAGCUGAUCUUGGAUAUACACGAAAAGCUCGCUCAGCUGAAGAUCAACGCCAACGAGGCUGAUGUCCAUGACCUACCCUGGAUUCCAAUCACCGACGAUGAUGACGCAACUAAAGCUGCUGGACGUGAGAACGCCAUGGAAGAUUUACUCAAUAUCAUACAUCAGCAACCCACGAAGACGUCUCGUGGAACCAUGCCAUACAUCACUACUCUGGCAAUCGUUGCCGAUCGCUUUGAUUGUGUAGCGGCUGUAGCUCGUGUUUUGAAUACAGAUCUCAAGUUCAGGUGGCCAUUGACAUCGAACAAACCUCUCAGAAGUGAGGACGGACGAGCUACAGAAACAGAGCAAGUGUUGCGCCAGAAGAUCCUAGUUGCGUGGCUACUGGGACAACCCAUGCGUCUACAACAGGCAACUCGGGAAAUCAUCAUGAGAGGAUCAAGCCUUUGGAGCGAGUUUCACGAUCAAGAUACCACUAUGACAGCUGCAUGGUGGAACCUACCUGAUGGUUUAGAGGAGGAGCUACGGCAUCGGCGCGAGUGUAUUCUCAACACCGUCUCUUCUGUUCAACGCCAUUUCCUCGCCCUGUUUUCUUCUCGCGAAAGACAGUGUAAACUUGGUUAUGACUCGAGUGCGGCAUGUGACUCUUACCAGCUUGGUCAAAUGCUGAAAUUUUUCGUGAACAAAAACCUGCUGUUUCUCGUGGACUACAGCCCGGCGUCUUUGAACAUGGUGCCAGACACUGCCAUGAUUGAGAUCGAGGAACUAUUGUCUACACUUCAGCAGUGCCCGAGUUACCAAGUCGAUAAACAUCACACAAACUGUGGUUUGCGAACUCGUCUUGAACCAAUCUUGAUCUACAUGCGGUCCAUGCUUUCAGCAAACGUCAUCUCGAUUCCUUAUGCCGACUGGAAGAAGCGGCCGACCGAUACCUCGUGGCUGGCCCAGAAGGAACAUGAAGCCGAUGAUAGAGACAGCGCACCCAAGAAGUUUCAGUUUACACGAGCCAUUGCCAACGAUCAGAGGUUACGUUACGAGGGAGCUCUUUAUGUUGAUAAGAUGGCAAAGGCUAUGUUUUUGGCAGAUGAAUGGGAUUGGACCCCUGAAACCUGA